AUGGCCCCCCAAAAGGAACUCACCGGCAUCCUUGUCGCCCUCAUCACCCCAUUCACCGCCGAUGGGGCCGUCGACCUCUCUGCCCUCGACGUCCACAUCCAGCGUCAGAUUGAUGCCGGCGUCCACGGCCUGGUCCCUGGCGGCAGCACCGGAGAGUUUACCGCCCUGACCGUCGACGAGCGCAAGGCCGUCCUCGAGCAGUGCAUCAAGUCGGCUGCCGGCCGCGUCCCCGUCAUCGCUGGAAUCGGCGACCUGACCACCGCCGGUGUCGUCGAUCUGGCCAAGCAUGCCGCCAAGGUUGGCGCCGCCAGCCUCAUGGUGGUGCCCCCCUUCUACGACGCCCCCAGCCUGGCCCAGCUCCGGGACAUGUUUGACGAGAUUCACAAAGCCAGCGGCCUCCCCAUCAUGUACUACAACAUCCCCGCCGCCAGUGGCGUCAGCUUGACACCCUCAGAAAUCGCUAGCCUGUCCGAGGUGGGCGUCAAGUACCUCAAGGACACGUCCGGAAAUGCCCCGGCCCUGACCGACCUCCUCUUCCACCACCACGGAAGCAUUACCGCCCUCAACGGAUGGGACACCCUUACGUUUUACGGCCUUGCCGCCGGCGCCAAGGGAUCCGUCUGGGGCACCACCAACGUUUUGCCCGAGCUGUCGGUGCAGCUGUGGAACGCCCUCGCCGUCGAGAACGACCUCAAGAAGGGACGCGAGAUCUGGUCCAAGAUCUUCCCCAUCUGCAAGUUCUUCGAGGCUCACCAGUACGGUCCUGCCGUCAAGACCGGUAUGGAGCUGCGAGGAUGGAAGACUGGUGGUCUGCGAAAGCCCUUCCAUCUCCUCGCUGACGCUGAGCGGGCGGAGCUGGCUGGUCUGCUGAAGGAUGCCGGCGUGCCUCUUGCGUAA